AUGGGUUCAUACCAACCAGCGACCACUGUCGCCAUUAUUGGAGGAGGCCCAGCCGGCCUGGCCGCAGCAAUUUCUCUAUCGAAGCUGCCGUUUCUCUCCACCACUCUCUACGAGCGAAAUCCCGAGCCACGAGAGGUCGGAGCGGGCAUCAGUCUCAGUUAUAAUGCUUGGAAAGUUCUGGAUUUACUAGGAGCCGCCGACGGGGUCAAGGGAUCUUCUAAAGCCGAUACGCGCUCGAGGAAUGGCUAUACCGGUGAAGUCCUUUUACUGCAACCCCAUCCAGAGAACGGUGAUCUAGACCCACGUGGGUCGAUCAGAGCUCGAAGAACUCGACUUCAAUCUGGCCUUCUGGAAAAGGUUCCUGACGGUGUGAUCAAGUACGGGAAGAAGCUGAUAUCCGCACAAGACGCGGGGCCAGAAGGCGUGCGCUUGUCGUUCGAAGACGGGACAGAGGCUCUUGCAGACCUGGUGAUUGGAGCCGAUGGUGAUCCGGAAGAUGCUCUAUCCAGACCACGCGAUCCAUUUCACAGGAAACACGGUAUGGCGCACCCUUGUUCCGAGAUCAUCUCUCACACACAUACCGGACGUCACCAGUGGGACAUCAUGGUGCAAUAUGACCAACGCGUUCGAGAUGCCAUCGCGGCCGUCCCCCAAGGAGCGUGGAAAGAAUUCGCCAGUUAUGCUGGUCCCGGCCCAGAAAGAAUUACUGGAUGGGACAAGGUUGUUUUGAUAGGGGACGCUAGCCAUCCACUCCACGGUGCAUUUGGAUCGGGAGCGACAUUCGGCAUGGAAGAUGGAUGGGUUCUGGCACAGGCUCUUGAACUGGAACAUUCACGUGGUUCCGAAAGGCUGGUCCGAGAUACACUUCAGAUUUUCGAAGAAAUCCGCCUUCCUUACUAUCAGAGAAUGUAUCUCGACAGUCAAAGAACCAGUGUCAAGAAUGCCGACGAAGAAGAGAAAACCAUCAACGAAAUUCUUGAGGCCAGAUUCAAGGCCUUUGGUAUCGGGCAGGAAAGCAAAUUGAACUGGAUCUACAAGCACGACAUCGGGAAAGUUUGGUCAGACUACUUGAAAGGCAUCAAAGAAGUUCACAGUUGA